AUGGACGCUCAUCAAAUUGGACCCUCUGUUCCCAUCGUCGAUCACUUGAACUUUACUGCCAGGGCAUGCAGCUACGUGCGGCUCAGCAUCCCCAAGAAUCCCAUCGAAGGCGCGCCAUCUGAGCAAUGUGGCGAAAAAGUUAUCUUCGGCUUUGUCCGCAGAACGGUCAUAGGCUCAGUCAACCCUAUGGAAGUCGGACUUAUCGACACAGUCAAUCCUAUUCUGGAUAUUUACUGUCACGUUGUUCUGGGCGAGCAGGAAGGAUUCCAGACUCGCGACGGUCUCCCAAAAGAAUCCCUCAUUCCAAUUCCAACGCUCUCUGCAUCGUCUCAAGAACCUACCCCUGAGCUGUUUGGAACCCCCCUCGAACUGGGCGGAUGGAAAUGCGGAAGAACGUCGUGGCUUAACGUCGUACCUGUAAAAAUCAAGAUGCCCCAGGGCAGUAGUGUUGAGUCGCCUCCAGGGUCCCCUGUUUCUUCAUCUGGGUCUGACUGCUUGAAGUACAGGAAUUUUGACCCUCCUAUCAAAAUAUCUGUAGAUGAACUUCGCCAGAUAGACGCUUACCGGCGCUCUAUUCCCGCCCUGCACACCUUAGGUUUUGAUGAUCCCGACACACUGGCUCUCAAUGAGGUUAAACGAGCGAUUACUAUACCACUGUAUGAUGGUUCUGAUUCUUCAGGCUCAACCGCGGACUCCCUAACUUUGAAGGAAGAGCUGGCCAUGUUGGCCAUGUACGGUCUACCAUGCAUUGGACGGAUGUGGGCGAAGGAGUUGGACAAGGUUUUGAAGCGGGAGCAGGAAGAAUUGGCGCUCAUGCGCAAUGAGAAGUUAGAUGCCUGGUUCCAGGGAUUGCCCAGUCCACCAGUCAGUCCACCAGUCUCAUGGAAUGGCGACCUUUGCCAUUUGUGUACCAGUAGCGAUCCUUAA